AUGACAAUCAGCUCGCUUAGCGCACGCACAGACUCUGCUCGUCACUCCGAAUACGCGGACUGUGCCGGUGGCCCGAUACCGAGAGCAAAGCCCGAGGGCACCACGCCCAGACCCCAGCAACCAGGUCAGCGAACCUUGAAGAACGGAUAA